AAUAUUGGUCUAGUUCGCUAUCCUACUACACUAGCUCCAGCCAGUGGAUCAGUGGCUGUCACUACACAGUGUGCUGACAAUGCUCAUGUCAGAACUGGCUUUAGUCUGAGUGUCAGGUGCACUUCUAGUGGUAGCUGGUCUGGUACAACUCCUCAGUGUGAAUGCAAUGAUGGAUAUCGUGCAGUCACUGUGAGUGGGAGACAGAUUUGUCAAACUCAAAGUGUUACUGCAACUACAUGCCCUGCUAGAAAUAUUGGUCUAGUUCGCUAUCCUACUACACUAGCUCCAGCCAGUGGAUCAGUGGCUGUCACUACACAGUGUGCUGACAAUGCUCAUGUCAGAACUGGCUUUAGUCUGAGUGUCAGGUGCACUUCUAGUGGUAGCUGGUCUGGUACAACUCCUCAGUGUGAAUGUGAUACUGGAUAUCGUGCAAUCACUGUCAGUGGGAGGCAGAUUUGUCAAACUCAAAGUGUUACUGCAACUACAUGCCCUGCUAGAAAUAUUGGUCUAGUUCGCUAUCCUACUACACUAGCUCCAGCCAGUGGAUCAGUGGCUGUCACUACACAGUGUGCCGACAAUGCUCACGUCAGAACUGGUUUUAGUCUAAGUGUCAGGUGCACUUCUAGUGGUAGCUGGUCUGGUACAACUCCUCAGUGUGAAUGCAAUGAUGGAUAUCGUGCAGUCACUGUGAGUGGGAGACAGAUUUGUCAAACUCAAAGUGUUACUGCAACUACAUGCCCUGCUAGAAAUAUUGGUCUAGUUCGCUAUCCUACUACACUAGCUCCAGCCAGUGGAUCAGCGGCUGUCACUACACAGUGUGCUGACAAUGCUCACGUCAGAACUGGCUUUAGUCUGAGUGUCAGGUGUAGCUCUAGUGGUAGCUGGACUGGUACAACUCCUCAGUGUGAAUGUGAUACUGGAUAUCGUGCAGUCACUGUUAGUGGGAGGCAGAUUUGUCAAACUCAAAGUGUUACUCCAACUACAUGCCCUGCUGGAAACAUUGGUCUAGUUCGCUAUCCUACUACACUAGCUCCAGCCAGUGGAUCGUUGAUUGUCACUACACAGUGUGCUGACAAUGCACACGUCAGAACUGGCUCUAGUCUGAGUGUCAGGUGUAGCUCUAGUGGUAGUUGGACUGGUACAACUCCUCAGUGUGAAUGUGAUACUGGAUAUCGUGCAGUCACUGUUAGUGGGAGGCAGAUUUGUCAAACCGUUGAAACCACAUGUCCCCCAACAACAGAGUGCCCUUCCAUUUGUACAGCCACCAGCGAGACUCCACUGUCUCCUCCAGGUCCUGGAGACAGAGAGAAUGGCUGUACAUGUAGUGAGGAGUCCAGCAGCUCAGCUGUGAUUGCUGUGUCAGCAGUAUCUCUGCUGCUGAUCCUCACUCUCACCACAGUCAUCCUCACUCAAUGCCUCCUCAUCUUCAGAAUGAAGAGGUCUAUGAACAAGACUGAGACCUAUGCAGAGGCCACUAAUCCUACCUCCAAGACAACUGAUGUUCCUUUCUCUCCUAAUGAGGCAUAUGCUCUGACCAAGAUAACCAGCCCAGCGGAAGAAGUUAUCUAUGAGGUGGUGCAAUGACAGAAGAAAGCAGGAGUAAACAUUAAACACAAGCAUGAAAAAGUAUAGUUUUUACUCAGAGGUUAAUUAUGUAUUUCGGUUAACAGAACAUAGCCAUACAAACUGCUAGUCAAUGCACUUUCACUGGUGUAAACAAUCACCCACAAUAUUUAAACCAUUACGCGUUUGCUCUACACAUGCACUGACAUGCAUGUAUG